AUGAUGCGUCCGGCGAAGAUCGAGCAUGCCGUUUCGGCCCGUUUGUGUUCCUGUGGAGGAUCACAACUGGAGACAGGUACGACACCAGAACUGAAAUGGACGACACAAACAUACGGCUCGCGGUUGCAAGCGCGACUGCUGCCCCAGGAGAAAGCGCAUACUUGUACGGAUGCUACUACCGUGCCGGCCAACGGAAGCUACCUUGGGCGCGGGGAUCGUGUCAUUGUCAAGCUACUUUACCAGUUUUGGACGCUUAAAUACACUCUCCCAGCAGCAGUCUUGUUCGCUCAGUUACUCUUCACCAAUCCAGUCUACGCGGACACGGAGGAUAGACGGAACAACAACCCAGGCUCAGGAUAUUUCGGCACACGACUAGGACCGAAAUCCUUCCUUGACUUCGACGGGGUCUACCAGCUCGAGGGUUCCUUCGGUGACAAUUUAACGGCAUCGACCUACCUGGGCCUUUCCACCUUUUUGUUUUGUCUGUUGGGCAUCUUCUUCGUAUCCCAAGGUCGACGUGGACGUGGAGUGAAGCAAAUCUGGGGGACCUGGAAUCCGGGCUUCUUCGUCAUGGUCGUCUUCACUUCGGCUUCCUUCUUACUCCUCGCGGCUCUCGUCCCCCAAUGGACAUCCGCUCAACAUGAGUCUGUGACUGCAACGUCAUCUGGACCUGGUGUGCUGAGCGCGACGGCGGCGGGGGAUGGCCCUAUGUUCACCUUUCCAGCUUCAGCUGACAUCGGACCGAAUGUCUUGCCUAACAUCUUCGACCCGCAAGCAGUUGAUGCUCAGAGAGUUUGUCCAGGAUACAAAGCUGCUAAUGUACAAACGACAAAGAAAGGACUCACGGCGGACUUGUCUCUCGCUGGCCCUGCUUGCAACGUCUAUGGCAACGACAUCGAGGAACUGAAGCUCACUGUUGAAUUUCAGGCGGACAACCGUCUCAACGUUCAAAUUCAACCUCGCUACAUCGGCCCUCAUAAUGAAACUUGGUUCAUUCUUCCCGAAGUGCUUGUGCCCCGCCCACAAGCCGAACCUGAUGUUAACGAGGCUGAAAGCAAGCUGACAAUCUCGUGGUCGAAUGAGCCCACAUUCUCCUUCACUGUGAAGCGCAAGGAGACUGGAGAGGUUCUGUUCACGACUGAAGGUCGUAAAAUUGUUUACGAGGAUCAGUUUAUUGAGUUUGGCUCCUCUUUGCCCGAGAGUUACAACUUGUAUGGUCUUGGUGAGGUCAUGCAUGGCUUUCGACUGGGAAACAAUCUUACACGUACGCUGUUCGCUGGGGAUGUGGGUGACAACCUCGAUGCCAACAUCUACGGCAACCAUCCCAUCUAUCUUGACACCAGAUACUUUACCAAGGACGAGUCUGGAAGGUUAAGCUACGUUUCUAAUCCGACAGACAAGAACGCCAAAUACGUUUCGUACACGAACGGUGUCUUCCUUCGCAAUGCUCAUGCGCAGGAAGUGCUCCUUCGACCUGAGGGUAUCACCUGGAGGACUCUCGGCGGGAGCAUCGACUUGUACUUCUUUGAGGGACCUUCGGCUCAGGAUAUCAUCAAGUCCUACCAGCUCAGUACGGUUGGACUUCCUGCAAUGCAGCAGUACUGGACUCUUGGCUUCCACCAAUGCCGCUGGGGAUACUCAAACUGGACUGUUGUCAAGGAUGUGGUUGACAACUUCCGCAAGUUUGAGAUUCCACUGGAGACAAUCUGGACCGACAUCGACUACAUGAAGGGUUAUCGUGAUUUUGAAAACGACCCUGAUCAGUUCAGCUAUGAAGAGGGUGCCAAGUUCCUCGAGGAGCUCCAUAAGAACCACCAGCACUAUGUGCCCAUCGUCGACUCGGCUAUCUAUGUUCCAAAUCCUGACAAGCCUGAAGAUGAUUACGAACCUUACCAUCGCGGACUCGAAGCUGAUGCUUUCAUCAUGAACCCCGAUGGUUCGCUUUAUAUCGGUGCGGUAUGGCCUGGAUAUACCGUAUUCCCGGACUGGAUUGGUGCUGCCCUCAAUGGUACAGGUACCGUAAGCUGGUGGAUUGACGAGUUUGUUAGGUACUACAAGAAGGUCGCUUUCGACGGCAUCUGGAUUGAUAUGAACGAGGUCGCGUCUUUCUGCAUUGGAAGCUGUGGCACGGGCAACCUGACGCUCAAUCCUGUUCAUCCACCCUGGGUCUUCCGGCAGCCAGGUGCUCUUGUUCUCGAUUAUCCGGAGGGUUUCGAAAAGACCAACGCCAGUGAGGCAUCCUCUGCAACAUCUGUUCACAGAACGCAGUACCCAGAUGCCACGACCACAGCCAGUACCAUUAGCACUGCCUCUUACCUCAGGACGACACCGACUCCUGGAUCCCGCAAUAUUAACUACCCACCAUAUGUCAUCAACAACUUCCACGGUGACAUCGGUACUCAUGCUCUUAGUCCCAAUGGUACCCAUCAUGGUGGCACAGUUGACUAUGACUUCCACAACCUGUACGGCCAUCAAAUCCUCCACGCAACCUACGAAGCACUCCUCAAAGUGUUCGAGGGAAAACGUCCUUUCAUCAUCGGCCGCAGCACUUUUGCGGGUUCCGGAAAAUGGGCUGGUCACUGGGGCGGUGAUAACUAUUCUCUAUGGGCAUAUUUGUACUUCAGCAUUCCCCAGGCCCUGUCCUUCUCCAUUUUCGGGUUCCCUAUGUUCGGUGUAGACACCUGCGGCUUCAGUGGCAAUGCCGACAACGAACUGUGCUCACGUUGGAUGCAGCUCAGCGCCUUCUUCCCCUUCUACCGCAACCACAACGUCCGCGGCGCCAUCAGCCAGGAGCCCUACGUAUGGAGCUCCGUGAUCGAUGCGUCCAAGAAGGCGAUGAGGAUCCGAUAUCUCUUGCUCCCGUACAUGUACACUCUUAUGACCCAAGCCAGUCUAUCUGGAAGCACAGUCAUGCGUGCACUCUCAUGGGAAUUCCCCCAAGAGCCGUGGCUCGCGAAUGCGGAUCGCCAGUUUAUGCUGGGUAGUGCCGUGAUGGUUACGCCAUGUCUGGUUCAAGGUGCCACUACAGUGGACGGCGUAUUCCCUGGUGUUGUCGACGGGACCGUCUGGUACGAUUGGUAUACUUACCACUCAGCCAGUGAAGGUGUGCAGUCUGGUCAGAAUGUGACAAUCGAUGCGCCUCUAGGACACAUCCCGGUUUAUCUGAGGGGUGGCUAUGUUAUCCCAGUGCAGGAGCCGGGAAUGACCACGACAGAGAGCAGACAGAAUGAGUGGAGCGUUAUUGUUGCACUUGAUGGCGAGGGCAAGGCGAAUGGGACUUUGCACCUGGAUGAUGGUGAGAGCUUGGAGACUGGCGAGAAUGUGAAGUGGGUUGAUUUCAUGGUUGAGAAGAACUCACUCCAGGUGACACCUCAGGGCAAGUACCUUGACCAGAAUUCACUGGCUAACGUCACGGUCCUUGGAGUGGCCAACGCACCUUUGAGUGUCUCUCUUGAUGGAGAUAAGCUCGAAUCAUCUUCCUGGUCCUACGACUCUGAGGGCAAGUUCCUCUCGGUGACCGAGUUGCAGGACAACUUCAAGGAAGGAGCAUGGACAUCCAGCUGGACCCUGUCGUGGGAGUCCCCCUCGGGUUCGGGCUCGUCUCCCGUACAGGGAGGCAGUGGCAGACUCGAGUUCAGCAUCUCUAACCUGCUCUACGCAGCUGCAUUUGGCACCAUUUUUGGCCGUUUGUUUGUAGUUUAG